UUCAUGGCUUCACUCCUCAUUCAUUGUAACCAGACAUUCACAAAUUCCUACGAUCUUUACGAUCUCUUUUCUGAUCCGAAAUAUUUCUGACAUUUUUCUUUUUUCUAAACACACGCUCAAAAUAAAAACAGUUUUAUCUUUCUCUGUAUAACUAAUCAUCUUCUUUUACCCACUACUGAGAUUCCAUGGAUCCUACUCGAGCUUUCGUGAACAAAGUUAAACGCCUCGUGGUUAAGGUGGGAACAGCUGUGGUUACUCGACCGGAUGGGAGAUUAGCAUUGGGUAGACUUGGAGCUCUCUGUGAGCAGCUUAAAGAAUUAAACUCCAGAGGAUAUGAGGUUAUUUUGGUGACUUCUGGAGCUGUUGGUCUUGGCCGUCAAAGGCUCAAAUACAGGAGAUUGGCAAAUAGCAGCUUUUCUGAUCUCCGAAGUCCAAAUCCAGAGUUUGAUGGAAAAGCUUGUGCAGCUGUUGGGCAGAGUAGUCUUAUGGCUCUUUAUGAUGCCAUGUUUAGCCAGCUUGAUAUUACCUCUUCUCAACUUCUUGUGACAGAUGCUUUUUUUGGUAAUGAAGCAUUCAGACAGCAACUUUCAGAUACAGUCAAUUCGUUGUUGGGUCAAAGGGUUAUUCCUAUUUUCAAUGAGAAUGAUGCUGUUAGCACUAGGAGCGCACCAUAUGAGGAUUCUUCUGGUAUAUUUUGGGAUAAUGAUAGUUUGGCAGGUCUAUUGGCUUAUGAACAAAAAGCUGACCUUCUUGUUUUACUGAGUGAUGUGGAGGGCCUGUAUAGUGGUCCUCCAAGUGAUCCAAAAUCAAAGCUAAUUGAUACAUAUGUCAAAGAGAAACAUCAAGGAGAGAUUACAUUUGGCGACAAAUCCAGGGUCGGCAGAGGUGGUAUGACUGCCAAGGUAGAAGCUGCUGUUUAUGCUGCUGAUCGUGGUACUCCUGUUGUUAUUACAAGUGGAUAUGCCACAGACAACAUUAUAAGAGUACUUCAAGGAGAGCGAAUUGGUACUGUUUUUCAUAAAGAUGCACAUAUGUGGACUGUAGUUAAAGAAGUCAGUGCACGUGAAAUGGCGGUUGCAGCAAGAGAAUGUUCAAGGCGGCUUCAAGCAUUAGAAUCCAAAAAGAGGAGGCAAAUUUUGCUGAACAUAGCUGAUGCAUUGGAGGCAAAUGAAAGUGCAAUAAGAGCUGAGAAUGAAGCUGAUAUUUCUGCUGCACAGGAGGGUGGAUACGAUAAGCCAUUAUUAUCUCGUUUGGCCUUGAAGCCUGGGAAGAUCUCUAGUCUCGCGAGAUCUGUUCGGAAACUUGCGGACAUGGAAGAGCCUAUUGGUCAUGUUUUAAAGAGAACAGAGCUUGCAGAUGGACUUACCUUAAAGAAAGUAUCAUGUCCUUUGGGUGUCCUUCUGGUUGUUUUUGAGUCUCGACCUGAUGCCUUAGUUCAGAUAGCUGCAUUAGCAAUUCGGAGUGGGAACGGUCUUCUACUUAAAGGUGGGAAAGAAGCGAAGCGAUCAAAUGCAAUUUUGCACAAGCUCAUAACUUCAGCAAUCCCAGAUUCAGUUGGCAAAAAACUCAUUGGACUUGUGACUUCAAGAGAGGAUAUUCCAGAUCUACUCAAGCUUGAUGAUGUAAUUGAUCUUGUGAUCCCCAGAGGCAGUAAUAAACUUGUCUCUCAAAUCAAAGAGUCGACAAAGAUUCCUGUUCUUGGUCAUGCUGAUGGAAUUUGCCAUGUUUAUGUUGAUAAGUCGGCUAAAAUGGAUAUGGCAAAGCGUGUUGUUCUAGAUGCAAAGACUGAUUAUCCUGCUGCCUGUAAUGCCAUGGAAACUCUUCUCGUACACAAGGAUUUAACUCAUCAUGAAGGAUUUAAUGAGCUUAUUAGAGCACUCCGCCACAAAGGUGUUAUUCUGUAUGGUGGACCUAGAGCAAGCACUUUGUUAAGAAUUCCAGAGGCAACUUCAUUGCAUCAUGAGUAUAAUUCCCUGGCCUGCACUGUCGAAAUUGUUGAUGAUGUGUUUGCUGCCAUUGAUCACAUUCAUGAACAUGGAAGUGCUCAUACUGAUUGCAUCGUCACAGAAGAUGAAGAAAUUGGUGAAACUUUCCUGCAUCAAGUUGACAGUGCUGCUGUAUUUCACAAUGCAAGUACAAGAUUUUGUGAUGGGGCACGCUUUGGACUUGGUGCAGAGGUUGGGAUAAGUACUAGCCGGAUUCAUGCUCGCGGUCCUGUAGGAGUUGAAGGAUUGUUAACAACAAGAUGGAUUUUGAGAGGAAAGGGGCAGGUGGUGGAUGGUGAUAAAGGAGUGAACUAUACACACAAGAAUCUUCCAGUGGUAGAUGGUGAUUGGAUGAUGGUGGUUCAUUCCUGACUUUCAAGAUCCUAUCUGCCUAUUUAAUAGUUAUAGUUAUAUACCAAUCGCUCUUCAAAUCCAAUGUAGCGUAUCCAUAAUAUUAAUUUUAGUUCAAAAAAGAAAGAAGGAAAAAAAAAAAGAAAAAAGAAAAAGAAAAACUUCGAUCCCCUUUUUGGUUCCGAAGUUUUUUGUUGCCUUUUAUUUUCAGAAACUUUAUUACAUUCUUUUAAUUCUUUGGAUGACAAAAAAUAUUAUUCAUACGAUUGAAAUUCAUUUCUUUUUCCUCAA